AUGUGUUACAUUGCAGAAGUGGCACGUCAGAGUGACUGGGAUAGUAUUGUUGCCUGCCAUCAAGGGUACAUAACCUGUACAACCUGGAACUAUCAGAAAACUUCCAUGGGAGCUCAUAAACUCAGGCCAGAAGAAUUUAGCAAGCACAAACCUAUUGAUAUAUAUGCAACAGCUGUUGACAUUACCUCAUGUGGGAACUUUGCUGUAAUUGGGCUGUCAACUGGGUGGGUAGAUGUGUAUAACAUGCAGUCUGGCAUUCACAGAGGGCGUUACGGCAAAGAAAGAGCACAUGAGGGGGCCAUUAGGGGAGUAGCGGUGGAUGGAUUAAACCAGCUGAUAAUCACAGCUGGUAGUGAAGGAUUAAUUAAAUUUUGGAAAUUCAAAACUAAAGAUCUAGUUUACUCCACUGAGCUUUCUUCUUCCCCAAGUGGAAUUCUGCUUCACAGAGACAGUGGUAUUCUGGGAAUUGCCUUUGAUGACUUCAGUAUUAGUGUUUUGGAUAUAGAAACCAGGAGGAUUGUCAGGACGUUCUCAGGACACCAUGGACGGAUUAAUGACAUGACUUUCAGUCCUGAUGGUCGUUGGCUAAUAACUUCAUCAAUGGACUGUACCAUUAAGACUUGGGACCUUCCCUCUGGAUG